AUGACUCAGAGUCGUGGAUAUGCAGCUGUGAGUACAACGACUAAAGUUUGUCCAAUUGGAUACAUUGGUUUGAACUGUUCAUUGCGAUGCAGAUACCCAGCCUUUGGACACCUUUGCCAGAACAAAUGUAAUUGCAAACAAUCACGCUGUAAUCACAAGACGGGAUGUGAAAGUUGCCCAAUUGGUUCGUUUGGCCCAAAUUGUGAACUAACCUGUCGAUUUCCAGGUUUUGGUUUUCAGUGUCAACAAAAUUGCAGUUGCGAAGAAAAUAUCUGUGACCAUAAGGAGGGAUGCAUAUAUAAUUUAACGACGAACAAAAUGGUUACGAAGACUUUAUUCACUGUAACAUCCACACAGGAUGAAUUAGAAUAUACAAAGACUCCAGUCCAGAAUGUUGAUCAUAUUUUUUCUUCGCAAGACGAUAUAAUGAUGAAAUUAAAUUAUGAAAACAAACCUGUCUUGAUUUCAACAAUAAUCAUUGCUCUCGCAAUAUUUGCUCUUAUACUUUUGUGGGUUUAUGUUUCGACGUUUGUGGUAGAACCUUGUCCGCAAAGAAUCUAG